AUGGCGUUCUUCCAGGUUGGGAUGCGCAGGCUUGCGCUUCAAUCGCCAAAGGCCGCAUUUGUCUGCCGCCAAUGCCUCAAGCAGGACAAGUUCUUCACCUCGUCGUCCGUUGCGCAGCAGGCCGCACGACUCCGAAGCUCCCUAGUCACCACACCAAAACGCCAGUCGCCGAUCGCUGUAUUGUGUAGGAAGCUCUCUACAGUGUCCGCUGGCAAUGGGAUCGCCGCAGCAGCGACAGUCAAGGAGACGGCGAAGAAGGCGUUUCCCGAGACGAGCUCCAAGACAGUUGCAUACUGGCUGCUCGGGAGCGCUGCCAGCGUCUUCGGCAUCGUGGUGUGGGGUGGUCUGACACGACUCACAGAGUCUGGUCUGAGCAUUACCGAAUGGCGCCCGGUCACUGGCUCGCUGCCCCCAAUGUCCCAAGCCGACUGGGAAUCCGAGUUCGAGAAAUACAAGACGUCUCCAGAGUACGUCAAGCUAAACCCGCACAUGGACCUAGAUGAAUUUAAGAAAAUCUACUUUAUGGAAUGGACGCAUCGACUUUGGGGCCGCUUCAUUGGCAUGUCUUUCGUCCUCCCGACGAUCUACUUCAUUGCACGCAAGAGGGUCACUCCCCGCAUGGCCUGGAACUUGGUCGGAAUAUCCGGUCUCAUUGGAUUCCAGGGCUUCAUCGGCUGGUGGAUGGUCGCAUCCGGAUUGAAGGACGACCUUUUUGCCCCAGGUGCCCACCCUCGUGUAUCGCAAUACAGGUUGACUACUCACCUCGCGACCGCCUUUGUCUGCUAUACCUGGAUGCUGCUCGCCGGCCUAAGUAUUCUGCGAACACACCGUGCACUCGCAAAUCCUGAGGCUGCGAGCAAGCUGUUCUCUGCGCUGAAACACCCUGCUCUGGCCCCGUUUAAACGGUACACUGCGCUGCUUACCGCUCUCGUCUUCACUACAGCCAUGUCCGGUGGUUUAGUUGCGGGCCUCGAUGCCGGUCUAAUCUACAACGAGUUUCCUAUGAUGGGCAAUGGUAUAACGCCUCCUAAGUCUGAGCUUUGGGACAAGUUCUACAGCCGCAAGGAGGAUGGCUCGGAUAUUUGGUGGCGCAACAUGCUCGAGAAUCCCAGCUUAGUCCAGCUGGACCAUCGCAUCCUGGCAACGACAACAGCUUGCGCGAUCCUGGCUCUUUACGUGUACAGCCGAAGAGGCAACGUCGCUGCAGUGCUGCCGAGGAAUGCAAAGAAGGGCGUGAUGGGCUGUGUACACCUCAUGCUCCUGCAGGUGGCGCUCGGUAUCAGCACGUUAAUCUACAUGGUGCCGACACAUCUGGCGGCAACCCACCAGGCAGGCAGCUUGGCCUUGUUGACUGGCGUGCUUGUCCUCGGCCACAGACUGCGCAUGCCACAGUCGACAAUGGCUCUGGUACAGCGAAGGCUGAAGGCUCUGAAAUGA